CUAAGUAGGCUUAACAGAGUGGCUACAGUUACAUAACAGGAUUAAAAAGCUAACUACUUCUAAAUCUAAGGAAAAAGAUGUCAAAAUCAAAAUCUUCCGGGAUGAAAGGAAGAAUUGAUGUUGCUGUUGCAACAAUUUUAUUUGACCUUGUUUUAAUUGCUGCCAUCCCGUCGUCGUCUUCGUCGAAAUCAAAGUCCUACGGCGGGCUACCGGUAUCAGUAUGGUGCAUGACGGAGUAUGACAGCGGCAGCGCUCCUGCUGUAUACGAUUCUUUAGAGUGUUCCCAAUGGAAAUCUCUUCAAAAUCAAAUUUCAAAUAAUUGCCAGUUUGCCAUUCUCCAUGGACGCAGACAGUACCAAGAAGAUGCUAUAGUUUGUCAUCUUCACUUCAAUAUACCAUUACCUGGUAAAAAUGGGUUUGAGGAGCAGAAAAUCGGUGUUGUAGCAGUGUUUGAUGGGCAUGGUGGAAGUGAAGCUAGUGAAAUGGCUUCAAAUCUUCUGCUUGAUUAUCUUUAUUUGCAUGUUGUAUUUCAAUCUUACAAGAAAAUUGUACAACAUCAUGAUGAUGACGUGUCGUCCUCAAGUGAUCAUCAAUUUUCAGCACUUCAGCUGGAAAUUUUGAAAGAAGCUUUGUCUAGGACAAUUGCUGACAUUGAUUUGAGGUUUUCUCAGGAAGCUGUAAGAAACAACUAUGUCUCUGGUUCUACUGCUGUUGUUGCUCUUAUCUAUGACGGCAAAAUACUAGUUGCUAAUGUUGGGGACUCCAAGGCUCUUCUUUUUUCAGAGAAAUAUCAGUCUGGUAGCUCAACAGUGCAUCUCUCAGCAACAGCAUUAACAUAUGAUCAUCAUCCUGAUAGAGAAGAUGAAAGAGCUAGAAUUGAAGCAGCUGGUGGUUCCGUUACAAUAUGGGGUGUGCCUCGAGUCAAUGGGGUGCUUGCCAUGUCACGAGCCAUUGGCGAUGUUUAUUUGAAAAGGUACGGUGUUAUAGCUGAGCCGGAGUACACUGGUUGGCGACUUUUAGAUGUUAACGAUGCACAUCUUGUGGUUGCAUCAGACGGCAUUUUCGAGAGUUUGGCAGAAGAGGAUAUUUGUGAUCUCAUCUCUGAAUGGAAAGGAAGUAGAAACUCCUCUGUAUGCCUGAGUUCAACUUCAUUGGCAGAGUGCAUCAUUAACACUGCAUACAGAAAAGGCAGUAACGACAACUUGUCUGCCAUCAUAGUUCCCUUGAGAUCGGCUGAAAUUUUAUCCAAGACAUAAUCGAGACUAGGAUUCUGAUUGGUCACAGGCUAAUAUUCACUCAUAGUCUGAAUUAUGAAACAUCAUUGUAACUUUUGAUAUAUUAAAGGCGAUACAAAAAAGGACAUAAAUUUUCUAAGACGGAGGGAUUAGUUUUUAUGAAUAAAAUAAUUUAUUUUA